AUGUCUGCUCCGUCGAUCCAGAGCCCGGACAGGGUACCAACGCCUCUUCCCAUUAUUGACAACGACCAUUCUAGCGACGAGGACUACGUUCCAACCAAGCCGCGUCGAACCACCACUCGUGCACAGACACGCCGUCAACAAUCCCAGCCAGACCCCAGUGAAUUCACGUGCGCGCAGUGCGGCAAGGUGUAUCGCCGUCGUUAUAUCCUUGAGCGUCACGAAGCUGAGGAGCACAUUGGGACGACUUGUUUUUGGGGGAAUUGUUCUCAAACCUUUGAGACUGAGCAAGAAUUGAAUAAUCACCUCAUCGCACACAACAACGCUUCUUCUCGGGGCCGUAAGAAGUCAUUAACCUGUAACUGGCCCGGUUGUGGUAGUCGCUAUGCCUUCGCGGAAACCGUGGCGCGUCAUAUCAGACAACAUAACUCGAAUGUGCUCAGACUACGCAGCCGCGUGAGCCAUUAA